GCUAUAUUUUAUUUGUUUUAAAGUAGAGUAGUGAAUUAGAUAAUAUAAGAAAAAGGUUCCUUCCUCAAACGCUCAUCGCGUCGAUUGUUGCAGACAGUUCCAUCAAUUAGGGUUUUCGUCGGCCGGAAGUUCCAGAGGCGUAUCUUGAAUCUAGACAUGGGGUCUCAUGAGCAAUCGCCAGAAAAAAGUAGUUCGAGCACUGUGUCUAAGAAAGUUGCGGAGAUUUGGCAGCGAAUGAACGAAGGAGUUCCAAAUAAACGGCUCAAUUUUGCCUCAACCGCUUUGCCCGCUAAAAAAUCAGCUAAUAGCAAUUGGAAAAGUUAUCUUGGUGUGGGUGCAAAAAGGAAGGAUCAUUGCGUUUCGAAUGUACAAAAGGAAGAUAGCCUUUUGAAUCAUAGUUGUAGUGGGGAGGCUAAAAGUAUUGCUGCAGCUGCUUUAGCUGCGGUGAGAAAUGCAACUGUAACGGCUGCAGCUGCAUCGAGCCGGGGCAAGAUUGAGAUAACUGAGGUCAAAGACUUUGCGGGUCAAGAAAUCGAAGUAAGGCGGUUAGUUGAAGCGGAUUCAAAGGAAGCAUUGGAGCGGGGAAACAAAGGCUCCUCUUCUUCCUCGGCAGCGCCUUCAGCGGUUGAUGCUGUUCUUGAGCAGAUAAAAAAGAAACAAAAGCUGAGUGUUUUGGACAAGACGAAGAAAGAUUGGGGAGAGUACAAGGAGGAAAACAAAGGAGUUGAAGACGAGCUAGAUAAGUACAAGAAAAGCUCGGAUCAGUAUCUCGACAAAGUUGGUUUCUUGGAGAGAGCUGAUUACAGACAGUUUGAGAAAGAGAGAGACGCUCGUUUAGCUCUUCAGUCCAAGAGAAGACACGAUGAUGUAUGAAAUGUGCCCGACGACUCUUUUAACAUGUAAGAAAUCAUUUUCUCAAGUGAUUUUGGUCACAUUCUUUCCAGAGUCUUAACCGAGUGCCCGUUGCUUGAUUGAUUGAUUGUUUUUAUGACUCUCCGACUCAGAUGUUCAUAAGAAUUGAAAACAUCCUCUCUUGUAGGCCAUGGACUGUGAAAUGGGCUUGCACUGCGACUUAAGCCCAACUUUUGAAGCUCACGUUUCUAUUUCAACCCAAUUAUGAAAUGAAACAUCAUUUCAUUUGUGAUUGCAAUCUUCUCGUUCUUCUGAUCUUGUUAUAUUGAUGAAAACCUUAACGCUGCUCCUGUAGAUAGUUUAUUUUCCAACGGUGCUCAUUUGAGCUAGAUUCUGAAAUAUCAUAAAUCGUGUUGGACCACAAAAAA